ACUAGGAGUCCCCCCUCCGCUCGUAGGCCCCUCCCAGACACGCGUGAGAGUGAUCCGGAGCUCGGAGAAGAGCCACGGCUGCACGGGACCGCAAGAACGUCGCUGGAUCCCGGGAGGACCGGAGAGAGAGACGCCAACGUGGGACUGGAGUUGUGCUCAGGCUGAAAGAUGUUCUCGUCUGUGAAGGCCUUUGAGGGGCAGCAUUACUCCACCCUCAAGAGGCAGUGUCUACAGAGUGGAGCGCUGUUUGAGGACCCACUGUUUCCGUCCGUGGACGACUCGCUCUUCUACCUGGGUAACAGGAUUGGCCGUGUGCACUGGAAAAGACCCGCGGAGCUGUGCGAUGAUCCUCACUUGUUUGUGGAUGGGAUCAGUGCCCAUGAUCUGCACCAAGGGCAGCUGGGAAACUGCUGGUUUGUGGCGGCCUGCACCAGCUUGGCUUCCAGAGAGUCUCUGUGGCAGAAAGUUAUUCCAGACUGGAAGGAGCAGGAAUGGGAUCCAGAGAAGGAAGACUCUUAUGCAGGAAUAUUCCACUUCCGUUUCUGGCGGUUUGGGGAUUGGGUGGACGUGGUGAUCGAUGACCGUCUCCCCACAGUGGACAACCAGCUGGUGUACUGCCAUUCAAAUGAUAGCAACGAGUUCUGGAGUGCCCUUGUGGAAAAAGCCUAUGCCAAAGUUUAUGGUUGCUAUGAAGCCUUGGAUGGUGGGAACACGGCCGAUGCCCUGGUGGACUUUACUGGUGGCGUGUCAGAACCUAUGGACCUUCUGGAGGGCCAGUUUGCUCAGGAUGAAAUCGGCAGAAACCAGCUCUUUGAAAGAGUGCUCAAGGUCCAUAAUCGAGAUGGCCUUAUCAGCUGCUCUAUCAGGGCAACCACAAUAGAGGACAUGGAGGCAAGACUGGAAUGUGGGUUAGUGAAAGGACACGCAUAUGCGGUGACCGACGUUCGCAAGGUUCGACUGGGACAUGGCCUUCUGGCGUAUUUCAAGUCAGAAAAGCUACAAAUGAUCCGCAUGAGGAACCCGUGGGGCGAGAAGGAGUGGAGUGGACCCUGGAGUGACAGCUCAGAGGAGUGGAAGAAAGUGAGCAAGAGUGAGAGAGAGAAACUGGGCGUCACUGUUCAGGAUGAUGGAGAGUUUUGGAUGAACUUUGAGGAUUUCUGUCACUACUUCACCGACCUGAUCCUGUGUCGACUGAUAAACACAUCUUACUUGAGCAUUCAUAAGACCUGGGAGGAGGAGGUGAUGAGGGGCUCCUGGAUCCACCGAGACGACCCGCUCCGCAACCGCUCCGGAGGCUGCAUUAACCAUAAAGCCACUUUUCUGCAAAACCCACAGUAUGUUUUUGAUGUGAGAAAAGUGGAAGAUGAGGUGCUGAUCUGCCUGCAGCAAAAGGAACGCAGAGCUACUCCCAAGGAGGGCAAAGGCGAAAACCUGGCCAUUGGAUUUGACAUCCAUAGGGUGGAGUUGAACAGAAAAUACAGAAUGCACACAGCUCAGCAGAAGGUCGCAGGGUCGAUCUACAUCAACUCUCGCUGCGUCUUUCUGAGGAAAGAGCUGAAGGAGGGGCGUUACGUCAUCAUCCCCACAACCUUUGACCCUGGUCAACAAGGAGAGUUCCUGCUCAGAGUCUUCACUGAUGUGCCUUCAGACUGCAAAGAAUUAACACUGGACGAGCCUCCUCAGACAUGCUGGACUGGGAUUUGCGGCUACCCUCAGCUGGUCACCCAGGUGCAUGUGUUAAGUGCCGACGGCUUGCAGGGCCAAGAUGCCAAUGGAGAGCUGCACCGCUUGAUCUCCCACAAGACACGCUCUGACUUCUACACAGGAGCCUCUGACCCAUAUGUGAUCAUCACCUGUGAGGGGGAGAAAGUUCGCUCCCCCGUGCACAAAGACACACGCUGCCCUAGUUUUGAUAUUAAGGGAAUAUUCUACCGCAGAAAGCCAAAGGAAGGCAUUCACAUCGAGAUCUACAAUAAGAAUGUGAUUGUUGACACCUUCCUGGGUCAGGUGACCCUCUUUACUGACCCUAAUGACCGGCAAGAGCAGCACACAGUCUACCUUAAAGACAAGGGUAGUCGCCAAGACAACAACCUUCCAGGCACGCUGACUGUGCGCGUGAUCACCUGCACCACUUUAACCAACAUCUGAUCACAAACUUAAUGCAGCCUGAGCCUCAUGCAUCCCGCCACUUCACACUUUCAGCUUGGUUUCUUCAUUCACCCUCAAUGCCUUUAGCACUCAUACAUUUCUCCUC